AUGGCAAAUGAAUGCACACGGGUCCUGGCUGUCCCCUGCACUGCAUCUUUACACUUCCCGUAGCUCAGCAGCCCUGUAUGGCAACACCAAAUUUGGCUUCUUGCUUGCGGUAUAUAGACGAUGCACCACGUUCGUGUCUUUCAUCAACAGCUCUGCUAGCUGCCUAGCUUCUUGUAGCACUAGCAAGUUGUACUCCUCUCCUACCAAGUACUAGCAGAGUAGCUUUGUAGCAACCAUGGGAAGCGCUUGGGCCAACGUCCGCGAGAUCUGCCGCGCACAGCGUGCCGACGGCCCCGCAGCCGUGCUCGCCAUCGGCACGGCCAACCCGGCGAACUGCGUGCCCCAGGACGAGUUCCCCGACUUCUACUUCCGCGCCACCAAGAGCGACCACCUCACUGGCCUCAAGGAAAAGUUCAAGAGAGUUUGCCAGAAGCUGGGCGUGCAGAAGCGCUACCUGCACCACACCGAGGAGCUGCUGAGCGCGCACCCGGAGUUCCUGGACCGCUCCUCGCCGUCCCUCGACGCGCGGCUGGACAUCGUCAAGACCGCCGUCCCGGAGCUCGCCGCGCAGGCCUGCAGGAAGGCCAUCGCCGAGUGGGGCCGCCCGGCCGCCGACGUCACGCACCUCGUCGUCGCCACCAACUCCGGCGCGCACAUCCCGGGCGUCGACUUCCAGCUGGUCUCGCUCCUGGGCCUCCGCCCGACCGUGCGCCGCACCAUGCUCUACCUCAACGGCUGCUCCGCGGGCGCCGCCGCGCUGCGCCUCGCCAGGGACCUGGCCGAGAACAACCGCGGCGCGCGCGUGCUCGUCGCCUGCGCCGAGAUCACCGUCCUGCUCUUUGACGGGCCCGAGGAGGGCUGUUUCCAGACGCUCGUCAACCAGGGCCUGUUCGGCGACGGCGCGGGAGCCGUCGUCGUCGGCGCCGACCCGGCGGCCCCGGCCGAGCGCCCGCUGUUCGAGAUCGUGUCCGCCGCGCAGACCGUCAUACCGGACUCCGAGGGCGUCAUCACCAUGCACCUCACCAAGGGUGGCUACGGCGGCAACAUCUCCACCAGGCAGGUCCCCGUACUCAUCGGCGACCACAUCGAGCGCUGUCUCACGGACGCUUUUGCGCCGCUCGGCGUCGGCGCCGGAUGGAACGACCUGUUCUGGGACGUGCACCCGGGCUCGUCGGCGAUCCUGGACCAGGUCGACGCCGUGCUCAAGCUCAAGCCUGAGAAGCUGGCGGCGAGCAGACGUGUCCUCAGCGAGUACGGGAACAUGUUCGGCGUCACGGUGAUCUUCGUGCUCGACGAGCUGCGCCGCCGGAUGACGAAUGGGGAAGAGGAGGGGGCGCCUGCAGAGUGGGGGGUCAUGGUGGCGUUUGGACCCGGGCUCACCGUCGAGACGAUGGUGCUCCACCGAUCAGGCACCCCAGCCGAGACGAAACUAGGUGAGGCAUGAAAAGGUGGACGUGACCAAUUUGUGUUGGAACUUGGAUCAGGAUUGCAUCAUUGCAUGCAUGUUACUUGGUCAACAUAUUCCGACUAUGUCACUAUUCUUGACUUCAGCCUAUAAUAAAUUCAACUACAUAAACAACUGUUAAACUUUAUCUAGUUACAAAUACAGUACCGGCAGUGAGAGAAACUGUUGAGCAAUAUUGCUACAACUCCAACCAACCAGGUGACAAAUAUGUGUGACAGUUCUCCAACUGUGUUUGAUUUGAAACUAUGUCAAUGUUGAUGUCAAAGACCAUUUACAUGUCGAAUUACGACGAUAUUAUGUGAAUGUCGAACUAUGAAAAUACUAUGUGUAACGGAUGUUGGAACUAUUUGUUGAUGUUAAAGACUUGUUGUAAUGUGUUUGUGAAUGUGAGUUCAUGUUUGAGAAUGUGAAUUAAUGUUUGUGAA